AUUAACAAAAUAAAUUAUAGUCCUCCCUACCACCCCCUCUUUAUCCCUGCACUGUGAAACCAGGAAGGCAUGCAACAGGGUGUGGCCAAAUUUAGGAAGCUGGUAGUUUUUGUGUGGUGCUUUCUGUCGUAGUACAAAAGCUUUCACUCACGUGAGGAAGCCCAGGUGUACCAGAUGACAGGGAGCAAACUGACUUGAUAGCAACAACAGAAAGAUGGUGGAGAGCACCAGCAGAAAUGGAGAAAAAAGCCUAGAAAUCCCGGAGACAUUAUUUCAAUGUCGCUGUUCUCGUCUCCGUGCUGGCUUCCUCAUACUUGUUGGCUCUGCUGUGUUGCUCUUCUAUUAUGUGGACAUAACAGAAGUGUCAAAAAUUUGGUUGGAGAAAAUUCAAAUGAUAAACAACCUGACAUUUACCACAAGAGCAGAUUCAAAUACAACCACCAGCACAUCCGUUCUUGAAUGGACAUCUGCCUUCACUUCAGGAAGUGCUUUAUCUGUCUCACCUUCUGGGAUACAAGGUGAAAAAUGUCCACCUGAAACUCCAUACCUUGUGGCAUAUCCCUGUAGAUAUCAUUUCAUUUUAAACGAAUCAGAGAGGUGUCCGAAUGAAAUGCCCUUCUUAGUCUUGAUGGUACCUGUGGCACCACACAACAGGGAAGCUCGGGAUGCCGUCCGCACCACCUGGGGAUCAGAGAAGAUGGUUAUGGACAAAGUGGUGAGCCUUUUCUUUCUGCUUGGUCAGCCUGGACAUGAAGGGAGAGAGGAGAUGCAGCAGAAGAUCUUGCAGGAGAGUGAGGAACACCAUGACAUCAUUCAAAGUGAUUUCCUGGAUAGUUAUAAAAAUCUUACUAUCAAGACUAUGGUGAUUAUGGAAUGGCUGGCAACUUACUGCCAAAAUGCCGCUUAUGCCAUGAAGAUUGACUCUGAUAUGUUCCUCAAUGUGAACAGUUUAAUAAACAUGCUCCUUCAGGCACCAAGGGAGAACUAUAUGACAGGACUUGUAGCUAGUGGGGCUAUCGUUCUCCGAGACCCCAGCUCUAAAUGGUAUCUGCCAAAAGAUGUGUUUCCUGAAGACUUUUAUCCACCUUACGCACUGGGGUUGGGCUACGUGCUGUCCCUGGACCUUCCAAACAAGCUGAUUGAAGGGGCAAAGCAUACCCAACCCGUCUAUAUUGAAGAUGUGUUUUUAGGACUAUGCAUGCGGUAUCUCAGAAUAUCUUUCACCAUUCAGGCUGAUCAGAGCCUCUUUAAUGUCUUCCCUGUUUCUUACAACCGGUGUCGCUACUCAAAACUCAUUGCUACAACCACACACAGAAUACAGGAUCAAGUUAACUUUUGGAAAGACCUUAAGAGACCAGAACCACCUUGUUAACUUUGGAUGAGUUCAUUAAUUUAUCGAUUUGUAUGGACAAAUUGAGAUGGAUUGUGGAAGUCGAGGUUUGCUGAACAUUCACUUCAAUCUGAAGUACUGUAUAUACAAGCAACAAAACUUUGUUUUGUGCAAGAAAUUGCAUAAUAAAGCUGUAAAACUGGAAUAGAGCCAUUACCUGACAAUACUUGAGGACACCUGAGAAGGUAUUUGAUUGUUUUUUAUAUAUGUGAAACUUUUUUCCAAUUUAUAGGCAGACUGGUGACAAAUUAAAGAAUCCAUAAUAAUGUUAUGAAACGAUAUUUGAUCACUAAGUGUUUUGGUGAUGGCACUCGAGAAAGCUAACACCCUGCCCCAAAAUCUCCUAUAGGUGUUCAGGUAGGUUCUAGUAAGUAAGUAAUUAUAAAGGCUGUUUCGUAUGACAGCAUAGCAUGUGAGUCACUUUGGGAUAGACCACUCCCAUCGGGGUAGAAAUGUUUGAAGAAAGAAGGAGAAAUAUUAGAAGAACUUUGUAGAAAAAAAGUUCUAGCUACACAGCUUAGCUGCUUUUUUCCUUCAAUUUGUCACCUCU